GUUUUGUCUUUUAUUUUUUUGACAGAGUGAUGACAACUGGUUUUGACAGCCUAAACAACCGCAAGUCACGUUAAGUUUUGAAUUAGUUCGUGCAAAAUUCUCCCAGAAUGUCCCGCGGUAGCAGUGCCGGAUUCGACCGCCACAUUACCAUUUUCUCCCCCGAGGGGCGGCUCUACCAAGUCGAGUAUGCCUUCAAAGCCAUCAACCAGGCCGGGCUAACCUCGGUGGCCCUCAAGGGGGUGGAUUCCGCCGUGUGUGUGACCCAGAGGAAGAUCCCCGACAAGCUCAUCGAUGCCGCCACCAUCACGCAUUUGUUCCAGCUGACGGAGAGCUCGGGGUGUGUUAUGACAGGGAUGAUCGCUGAUAGCAAGUCUCAAGUGCAGCGAGCGCGCUAUGAGGCGGCUCAGUUCAAGUAUAAAUAUGGGUACGAGAUGCCCAUCGAUUCCCUGUGCAGGAGAGUGGCGGACAUCUCGCAGGUUUACACCCAGAAUGCCGAAAUGAGGCCUCUGGGGUGCUCUAUGGUGCUGAUUGGGUACGACCCCGAAAUCGGGCCCUGCGUGUACAAGGCGGACCCCGCGGGGUAUUACUGUGGCUAUAGAGCUAUAAGUGUGGGGGCGAAGCAAACCGAAGCCAACAGUUACUUGGAAAAGAAGUUGAAGAAGAAACAAGAAUUGCAAUUUGAUGAUGCUAUCCAGCUGGCCAUUUCGUGUCUUUCGAGUGUUCUCUCGGUCGAUUUUAAGCCGACGGAAAUUGAAGUAGGAGUUGUGUCGAAAGAAGAGCCCAAAUUCAGGAAAUUGACCGAAGCUGAGAUCGAUAGACAUUUGACAGCGAUUGCCGAAAAAGAUUAAUUUCUCUUUAUGUUAAUUUUAAUUGAAAGGUUUUGUAUUAUUAAAGUAAUAAAAACUUUAAACACAAA